UAAACCGGGUCUGGCACGGCUCGGCUCGGUUCCGCUCCUGUGCGCGCGUCAGGAUCCCCGCCGCCAGUGGCAGGAUGUCGUGGAACCUGCAGUACCGCACCUCCAAGUUCCGCCACGUGUAUGGCAGACCAGCCAGUAAGGAGAAAUGCUAUGACUGCGUGCCCAUCACCCACAACGUCCACGACAACCAGUUCUGCGCUGUAAACCCCCACUUCAUUGCGGUGGUGACUGAGUGUGCGUGCGGGGGGGCCUUUGUUGUCAUUCCCAUACACCAGACAGGCAAGCUCGACCCACAUUAUCCCAGAAUAUGGGGGCACAGAGGGAAUGUUCUGGACAUCAAGUGGAACCCAUUCAAUGACUUUGUAAUAGCUUCGUGUUCAGAAGAUGCCACAGUGAAAAUAUGGGAGAUCCCCAAGCCCUUGCUAACAAAAACCAUUACCAAUCCGAAGAAGGAACUUCUUGGGCAUGUUCGAAGAGUUGGUCUCAUUGAAUGGCAUCCUACUGCUAAUAACAUCCUCUUCAGCUCUGGGUAUGACUACAAGAUAAUGAUCUGGAACCUUGACACCACAAAGACUGUAAUCUCAAACCCAGUGAAGAUCCUCAACGCUCACAGAGAUGUGGUCCUUUCCAUGUCAUUCAACACAGAUGGCAGUCUCCUUGCCACAGCCUGUAGGGACAGAAAGAUACGUCUGAUAGACCCUCGUGCAGGAACAGUUCUACAGGAAGCCAGCUACAACUCUCACAAAGCCAGUAAAGUCUUGUUCCUUGGAAACAUGAAAAAACUGAUCUCUACUGGAACAUCUCGGUGGAAUAAUAGGCAAAUUGCACUGUGGGAUCAAGAUGACCUUUCUGUGCCUUUAUUGGAGGAGGAUCUGGAUGGCUCCUCAGGAAUCCUGUUUCCCUUCUAUGACUCAGACACACACAUGCUUUAUGUGGUGGGAAAGGGUGACGGAAAUAUACGGUACUAUGAGAUAAGCCCUGAGAAACCAUACCUGUACUACCUGAUGGAAUAUCGUUCUCAUUUACCACAGAAAGGAAUGGGAAUGAUGCCAAAGAGAGGCCUUGAAGUGUCAGCUUGUGAAAUCUUCCGUUUCUACAAACUAAUACCUACUAAAAGCCUGAUUGAGCCCAUCUCCAUGAUUGUGCCUCGACGGUCGGAAUCGUACCAGGAAGACAUCUACCCCUUGACCACAGCAGCCCAGCCAGCACUUACAGCACAAGAGUGGCUGAAUGGAGUUAACAAAGGACCUCUCUUGGUAUCCUUGAGACCGGGCUCUGGAGUUGUGAAUUCCUUACCACAGCUUUCUGACCCAGAGCCACCCGCAAAGACUGCUGACCUGAGCCAGCACCAGGGCUGGGGAGAAAGGAUGCCGCUGGAGGACGUGCAGGCGCCAAAUGAGAUUGAACAUAGAAGAAAACUUCUCAGAGUGGAGGAGAAAUUGCCAAAAAAUGAGCAAAUGUGCCUCUCCGGUAGCUUUGACAUAUUUGAGUGUCCACCACCCAAAACAGAAAAUGAGCUUUUGCAGAUGUUUUACCGACAACAGGAGGAAAUCCGUAGACUACGUGAGCUGGUAAACCAGAGAGAUGUUCAAAUUAAACAGAUGAAGCUGGAAAGUGGAAACUUCUCUAUGGACACAGACAGUUACUGAGGGUGCUGGCCUCCAGCUCUUGGCACCCCUGGCAACUGCAGCAGACUCCUGUUUCUGUGGAUGACUCCUCCUAGUGUUUUUGCUGGGGGAAAAAAUGAUGCAUCAGGCAGCAUGGAUUUCCCUGGCUUGUGGUGGUUGUAUUUCCCUAAUCAUCACCAGACAGUUACUGAUGGGCUUGCUGUGUUUCUACAGUCUCCCCUUGCUCACAAGCUCACUUGUGUCAGAAGCUCAUGCAUUAAUGCUAGUGAGAGACUGGAAAAUCUUGCUCUUCGGAUCCGGGAAAUCCUUUAGGAACAACCUGUAUUGCUGUUCCUCCACGUGACAUCAAGAUGGGAUACUGAAGGCAGCUACCAGCUUCUUUUCCCACUCAUGGACCUAGCAGUGCGACUCCUGUGACUGCUGUCCUCCUACCCUGGGAGGCCACAGUGCAACUGAGCUUCACAGGCACCUCUAGCUCCCAAGUGAUCCUCAUGCACCACUCUUGCCUCACUGCCUGGCCCUGAACCGGGGUGGCUGGGCAAAGUGAUAGCUGCCCUUACUUGGGGAUAGUCCCUCUCUGAGCAGGUGGCUGCACUGUGGCUGACACGUGCGGGCACUUUUGUGAUAAAAGAGAGUUGAUGUUUGAAGGUUCUACUAUAAAAAGGGUAGUGUUGUGGGCUUCAGGUGCAGUGGAGGUCUCUGGGUCCUUUGAGUCAGUGGCCUUCUGUCCCUCCUGCCAAAUACCAGUGGCAGUCAGCUGGGGGCCCAUGAUUUCGCAGUGGUCAUCAGGCAAAUGAGAACAACAUUUAAAGCUGUGGUGUUGAACACACUUGCUCAAAGGUCUGCUGUGAGCCACACGAGGAGCAUAGAACUGUGGGUGGUCACUAACAGCCCUCCCCCUUGCUGGAGUAUUGCUUGUCCUUCUGGCUGCAGCUUCUGCUUCCUUAGCUCCAAGUUGCCACUGCCUUGUCCAAUGCCCCCAGCCAUCUACAGCUGUAGGCUCCCUCUUUUCAGCUGCGUUGCCUAAUAUCCUGCAUCCUCCAGGGCUGCCCUCUGUUGCCAGGCCCUGAAGCCACACACAUAUAUCUGCCCCUCAGCAUCAACUCUCUAUCUUGCUGCCUCCCCCAGCCCUUUGUUGGGAACAAAAGCAGCUGUAGGAUGCACCCCAUCCUUGGUUUCAGGGCUGGCACUUGUGACCAGCUUUUAUGCAGCCUGCCAGCAGUGCAGAGCACACAUGCAGGGCAUAGACAUGCCUGCCUCACCCGUGCCUGGGUUUUUUUCCCAUUUGUUCCUGCAAUGUGGGGCAAGAGAGUGCAUUGCCUGUUGCCCUGGGAUCUGAGCAUAGCAGCAGCACUGGAGUGGGAAUGUCCCAAAUGCAGAGCUUAUGGAGAUAUCUUAAACCCAAGCAGAGCAAGCUACUGCUUUUUAACCUGUAUAGUAGGGCAAGAGAGAUUCUCCUCCCCCUCUACUCUGCCUUGGUGAGGCCGCAUCUGGAAUAUUGUGUCCAGUUCUGGGCCCCUCAGUUCAAGAAAGAUAGGGAAUUGCUUGAAAGAGUCCAGCA